AUGUCAAACCCACCGACGCCACUAAAAGUGUCCCCUGCGGCGACAAGUUAUACCGCCGCAACUAUGGACACGGAUCUUAGAUCUCAGAUUAACACCCUCUUAAUAAACGACGAGCUCUCAGUCAAGAUCCAAGACGCUCUCCUCCACUCCCUCAACGCACACCCAGCCAACUGGCCUACCCAGAUCCAGCAACACGCACUCUCGCUUCUCCGCGCCGGCGACAUCACCACAUUCCCCGCCCUCCUCGACAAGGUCCUGGAGGAUGUCAGGCAGAGCACGGCAGCGGCGGUGGCGAACUCGUCAUCGUCGGCCACCAACGGCGCGAGCGAGACCAACGGCAAAAAGGCAAACGGUGACGCCGGCGCAGAGUCGACGUUGAACCUGGCUGUGCCGCAGGCCGUGGUCGACGAGGCGCUCAAGGUGACCAUGGACUGCCUGGUUGAUUUAGUGGAGUUCUCGGAAGAGAAUGGUACUACCUGA